CAGCUCCUUUUCUUUUUCUUCAAUGUCUCGAGUAUAAACGCACGCGUUUUGCCAAAAAAAUAAAUAAAUGAUCAAAAGAAGACUACUUUUACUAGCUAGCUCGAGCAUAAAAGAGAAAGACAAAACCAUUCCCAGCUAAGUGGUCACAGAGCACUCAAAAUACAAUCCCAUCUCUGUAUAGAAAUUCUCUCUCUUGGUCCCCUGCAUUUUUACCCCAUUCUUUACACAUACACACCCAUAAAAUUAUUAAAGCUUGUCUUUUUCUUGCCUUUUUGUUCUUCAAACUCUCUCUCUCUCUCGAGAGAGAGAUUUUUUUUAGUUUCUCUCUCUAGAAGAUCUGGAGGAAACACAACACUCCGCGUAUUUAUGCCUUUUCCAUUAGAUUCCCAACGCGUUCUUCGACGACGACUACUAAUACUAACAUUGCCUCUCCUCCUCCACUUCUUUAUUACAGCUUCGUCACUCACCUAAAAUCCAUUUCACCUAAAAUCAAUGAGAGCUUCAUUGCCUAAACACGAGCGGAGAUGGGCCUCGGACACGCUUCCCGGCAAUGCAACGAUGAGCACAGGAACAUCGCCGGGAACUGAGUCCGGCGAGGAGUUUGUUGAGGUGACACUUGAUUUACAAGGUGAUGACACGAUUGUGCUUCGUAGUGUUGAGCCAGCAACAUCAACGGUUAUCAACAUCGAUGAUGUUUCUUUCACUACUGGUGGUUCUGUGUCUGCCGGAGCUGUAACUCCGGUGUCGAGAUCGCCGACGAUCAGGCGGAGUUCGUCGAAUAAGUUAUUGCAAUUUUCUCAGGAGUUAAAAGCCGAAGCUGUAGCGAAAGCUAGGCAAUUUUCGCAUGAGUUGAAAGCUGAGUUAAGGAGGUUUUCUUGGAGUCAUGGACAGGCAGCUCGGAUUUUAUCAGCCUCGGGAAAUAAUGGCGGUGGUGCUUUUGAGUCAGCUUUAGCCGCCCGUGCUUUGAGAAAGCAGCGAGCGCAGCUGGACCGGACUCGGUCUGGUGCUCACAAAGCCUUGCGUGGAUUGAGAUUUAUAAGUAAGAACAGUAAAAAAACUAAUGGCGUUGAUGCAUGGAGUGAAGUUCAAAGCAAUUUUGAAAAACUUGCUGAAGAUGGUUAUCUUAACCGGGCCGAUUUUGCACAAUGCAUAGGAAUGAAAGAUUCGAAGGAGUUUGCUUUGGAGCUUUUUGAUGCAUUGGGAAGGAGAAGAAGAUUGAAAGCGGACAAGAUUUGUGGAGAUGAGCUUUACGAGUUUUGGUCACAAAUUACCGAUCAAAGCUUUGAUUCUCGACUCCAGAUCUUCUUCGAUAUGGUGGACAAGAACGAAGACGGUAGAAUCACUGAAGAAGAAGUCAAAGAGAUUAUCAUGCUAAGUGCUUCUGCAAAUAAGCUAUCAAGAUUAAAAGAACAAGCAGAGGAAUACGCAGCUUUGAUCAUGGAAGAGUUGGACCCAGAAAGAUUUGGCUACAUCGAGCUAUGGCAGCUAGAAACACUCCUUCUACAAAAGGACACGUAUCUGAACUACAGUCAAGCUCUGAGCUACACAAGCCAAGCCUUGAGCCAAAAUCUACAAGGGCUAAGAAAGAGGAGCCCAAUAAGGAGAGUGAGCAAGCAAUGCGUAUACUUUUUGCAAGAGAAUUGGAGAAGAAUUUGGGUUUUGACAUUAUGGGUUAUGAUAAUGAUAGGGCUGUUCGCAUGGAAAUUCUUUCAAUACAAGCAAAAGAAUGCUUUUCAAGUAAUGGGUUAUUGUCUCCUAACAGCCAAAGGAGCAGCAGAGACAUUGAAGUUCAAUAUGGCUCUAAUUCUCUUGCCCGUGUGUAGAAAUACCAUCACUUGGCUGAGGUCCACUAGGCUGGGUCCCUUGGUGCCUUUUGACGACAAUAUCAACUUUCACAAGACCAUAGCAACAGCAAUUGUAAUUGGUGUGAUUCUUCAUGCUGGAAACCAUCUAGUCUGUGAUUUUCCAAGGCUUAUAAAUUCAUCUGAUGAGCAAUAUAGAGCAUACCUGAGUAAUGACUUUGGUGAAAACAAACCUUCAUAUGCAAAACUGGCUAGAGGGGCUGAAGGUGUGACUGGAAUCUUAAUGGUGAUCAGCAUGGCCAUUGCAUUUACACUUGCAACAAGAUGGUUCAGGAGGAGCCUCAUUAAGUUUCCAAAACCCUUUGACAGGCUUACUGGAUACAAUGCAUUCUGGUAUUCGCACCACUUGUUUGUCAUUGUCUACAUCCUGCUCACCAUCCAUGGUGUAUUCCUGUAUAUGGUACAUAAAUGGUACAAAAAGACGACAUGGAUGUAUCUUUCUGUUCCAGUUUUACUAUAUGCCGGAGAAAGGGCGCUGAGGUUUUUUCGUUCUGGCUUCUAUACUGUCAGGCUUCUCAAGGUUGCAAUUUAUCCUGGAAAUGUUCUCACAUUGCAAAUGUCUAAGCCUCCCCAAUUCCGGUACAAGAGUGGACAGUACAUGUUUGUCCAGUGCCCUGCUGUUUCUCUGUUUGAGUGGCAUCCAUUUUCAAUUACCUCGGCACCUGGUGAUGACUACCUCAGUGUUCACAUUCGGCAGCUAGGUGACUGGACUCAAGAACUAAGAAGAGUGUUCUCUGAAGCCUGUGAACGUCCUGUAGCCGGUAAGAGUGGACUUCUCAGGGCUGAUGAAACAACCAAAAAAAGCUUGCCAAAGCUCUUGAUAGAUGCGCCUUAUGGUGCACCGGCACAAGAUUACCGUAAAUAUGAUGUGUUGUUACUUGUUGGUCUGGGAAUUGGAGCAACACCUUUCAUCAGCAUUCUCAAAGAUCUGCUUAAUAACAUUGUCAAAAUGGAGGAGCAGGCAGAUUCGGUCUUGGAUAUCAGUAGGACAUCAGACCUGAGCAUUGGAAGCAAUGAUACAUCAACCUCUAACAAAGUUUCACCAAAACGUAAGAAGGCUGUAAGGACCACCAACGCUUAUUUCUAUUGGGUAACAAGGGAGCAAAGUUCUUUUGAUUGGUUCAAAGGAGUCAUGAAUGAAGUUGCAGAGCUUGAUCAAAGGGGUGUGAUUGAGAUGCAUAAUUACUUGACCAGUGUGUAUGAGGAAGGCGAUGCUCGAUCAACCCUCAUUACCAUGGUCCAAGCCUUAAACCAUGCGAAAAACGGUGUGGACAUUGUCUCCGGCACCAGGGUGCGAACGCAUUUUGCAAGGCCUAAUUGGAAGAAGGUUCUUUCUAAAUUAUGUUCCAAGCACUGUAAUGCAAGGAUAGGUGUGUUUUACUGCGGAGCACCUGUCUUGGCUAAAGAACUAGGCAAGCUCUGUUAUGAUUUCAAUCAAAAAGGUUCCACAAAGUUCGAGUUCCACAAGGAGCAUUUCUAAGUGAACAAGGGGUGGUAUAUAUAUGUUAUUUACACCUUUUUUCCACAAAACUCUUCUCCAACACCCUUCCCAACUACAAAAUAAGAAAAUUUAUAAUAAGCCAAUGAAGCAUUGCACAGUCUUGGGCAGAGAAGGAAAAAGGGGUGGAAAAAAGGCUAUAGAUGAAUAUGUGGUUAUUUACUAGCACACCAAGCACAGCCAGAAAAGUUAUUCUGGCUGGUGAAAUGGCUAGAGCUUUCAGUGAUAAACCUCAGCCAGUUCAGAGUUGACAUGUAGAUAGAGGAAGUAAAAGUGGUAUUGCUGAGAUGAAGAAUGGGUUACAGCUGCAAUGGAGAGGUUGACAUAAUUUGAUAAUGAAAAGUUUGCCAAUGCAUGAUUGUUAGACAUUCAAAGGUGGACAGAAGAGGACAGUUUUGAAAGGGAGAGUCUUGGAUCAAGUUUGUGGACUCGGAAGGAAGGUGGGAGCAUUGCACUUUCCCCUAUUGAAGUGUGUUCAGAGAAUCCUUCUGGACUGUCAAUCCUGCUGGGAGGAGUCAACCUUGUGAAAUUGCAUUUGAGCACUUGAUUAUAAUAUGCAAAUUAUAUGUACAUGAUAUUCAUAGUUUUUUUUUUCCUUGUUUCUAUAAUAUGCAAAUUAUAUGUAGAUGUUCAAGAGAGGAAGGCUACUAGUACUGUGUUAAACAUUAGGGCUACCACUGGAAGGUAAAGGGGGUCCCUUCUGUUAGGAAUAGAGUUUGUAGAGGUUGAAACUGUAACCCUUUUAUAGCAUUCGAAUGAAGUAUUUCACUAA